GUGUGGCACAGAAGGUCAACCGUUACCAGGGAAUAAGACAGAAAUACUACAAUAAGUUAGUUGCGACAGCUGCAAACCUGGAAUCGCUGUGAGUCUGUGACUGACUAUAUGUUGACAGGUUCCACAUGUUGACUAUGUGACUGCGACAAGAGCGGCAAUCGAGAUUUCAUCAGGUUUGUGUAUGAACAAAGCACAAGGCCAAACAGAAGGAUAAUCCAGAUUUUCUUGUCCCAAUCAUGCUCUAGCCAAUGGUCAGCUAUCCUCUACCAUGCAACGGUUGUUCUCUCUAUAGUCUGUCUGUCACAGCGAAACCAUCAUCUUUGCCAGCCUGAAAGAAGUACAUACCUCUGUUAUAAUAUCUCUCUCAGAGCUACAUAUAAUGUACAGAGCAAAGAGGCAGUUCUGCAUAUCCUUCUAGUGAAGCAAAGCUGCCAGAAGCCCAGAACACAAAACUUGCAAGCAGCAGCAUGGCUCAUCUUCAGCUCCAUGCCUCCGUCCUCCUCACAUGUCUCCUUGCUCUUGCAACAUCAAGAUACUCUGCAGAAGCAGUUUCCACUGAAGGCAUAGGCACCACGAUUCGGCUACUUGCUCAGGCCGAUGAUGAUCGCCUUGCCCUCCUGUGCUUCAAGUCCCAGCUCUCUGACCCCACUGGCGCUUUGGCGUCAUGGAGGAGCAACACAUCCGUUGACAUCUGCAGCUGGCAUGGUGUCACCUGCAACAACACGAGGCAGCCAUCUCGUGUCACCGAGCUGGACCUUGAGAGCUCGCAGCUCACAGGUACAAUUUCUCCUUGCAUUGCAAACCUGACCUUUCUUGAGAGCAUACACCUUCCAAACAACCGCCUCUCUGGACAUAUUCCAGCUGAGCUGGGUGAUCUACAGAUGCUCCGUUACCUCAAUCUCAGCUCCAAUUCUCUCAAAGGAGAUGUACCGAGUUCAUUAGGUAGUAUUCUAUCCAUUGUGUACGUUGAUCUAUCCAGCAAUGGCCUCACAGGUCAGCUUCCGGAAUCUUUGGCUAGAAGUUCAUCACUGCAAGUGCUUAAACUUGGGAAAAACAACUUUGAUGGGGAAAUCCCACCUGUUCUUUUCAAUUCCUCAUCACUAGUCCGUAUAGAUCUUCGACAAAACAAUUUUACUGGACCCAUACCACCAGUCCCAAAGAUUAUGUUGACGGUUCAGUAUCUCAAUUUCAUGUCAAAUGGUCUCUCAGGGAGUAUACCACCUUCUCUAGGAAACAUUUCUUCCCUACUAUACCUAUACCUUGAAGGGAACAACUUGAUCGGGGGCAUCCCAGAGAGCUUAGGCCAUAUACCAGGCUUAAGAGCAUUAACCUUGACGACAAACAGGCUGUCAGGGCAAGUACCACUGUCCCUUUAUAACAUUUCAACCCUGAUUUAUCUUGAUGUUCGCCAUAACUUACUCGUUGGGAGAUUGCCAGAUAAUAUUGGCCACUUGCUUCCAAACAUUCAGACAUUGAUCUUGGAAGAUAACAAAUUCGAAGGGAAGAUUCCAGCUUCACUUGCUAAUUGCACCAGACUAGAAGUUCUAGAUCUUGCCAACAACUCAUACUCCGGAGCAGUACCACCUUUGGGGUCCUUGCAGAAUGUGAUGUACUUGGAUUUCAGCCUUAACCACCUUGAAGAUCCAGAUUGGUCCUUCUUAUCCUCCGUGAGUAAUUGCACCCAACUGACAAACUUACACCUUAUGUCAAAUAACAUCAGCGGGAACUUGCCAAGCUCAAUAGGUAGCCUGCCUUCUAAACUUGACACACUCUGGCUAAGCUUGAACAGGAUAUCUGGAACCAUACCACAAGAGAUAGGGAACCUAAAAAGCCUCACAGUUCUUAUGAUGCAUGAUAACCAGUUUGUUGGAAGCAUACCUUCAGCUAUUGGAACAAUUGGGAAUUUGUCAGUCUUAAGUUUAUCAGGAAACAGACUCUCUGGCCCAAUCCCAGAUUCACUAGGAAACCUUGAACAGCUGACUGAGUUGUAUAUGCGAGAGAAUGAGCUGAAUGGAAGCAUACCUAAAAGUCUAGGAAAUUGCAAGAAUUUACAGCUGUUAAACUUUUCCCGCAACUCACUGGAUGGAAGUAUACCAGCUGAGCUAUUUAAAAUCCCUUCACUUUCUCAAGGUUUGGACUUGUCACACAACAAACUCAGCGGGGUCAUACCGCAAGAAAUUGGUGGACUAAUCAAUCUUGGUGUUCUUAAUAUCUCCAAUAACCGCCUCUCUGGCAAAAUUCCUUCCACAGUUGGUCAAUGUAUUGUGUUGGAGUCCCUCCGUAUGGAGGGCAAUCUUCUUGAAGGAAGCAUUCCACAAUCUUUUAUGAACUUGAAAGGCAUUAGAGAGAUGGAUCUUUCUCAAAACAACCUUUCUGGGGAAAUACCACAGAUACUGACAUCACUCAGUGUUUUACAGUAUUUAAACUUAUCCUUCAAUGAUUUUAGCGGAGCAGUACCAUCAACCGGUGUCUUUGCAAAUGCCAGUAAAGUGUCUGUCCAAGGAAACAAAAGGUUAUGUGGUGGGGCACCUAUGCUACGUCUGCCUCUUUGCUAUGGUAACUCCAAAAAAACAUCCAAGUCAUUACUACUGAAGAUGCUGAUCCCACUAUGUGCUGUCUCUGCAAUAUUGCUGUCUUGUUUCAUUGUUAUCCUUUUAAAGAGAAGAAGAUCAAAAUCAGCUCCACAGAAUUUCAGAGAAAAGGAAAAGGUAUCAUAUGAAGACAUUGUUAAAGCCACAAACUGGUUCUCUGCUACCAAUUUGGUUGGCUCAGGAUCAUUCGGGACAGUAUAUAAGGGCACAAUGGCAUUCGAUACGAACCCAAUUGCCAUCAAGGUGUUUAACUUAAAUUUCCAUGGAGCAUCUAGAAGUUUUUCUGCAGAGUGCGAAGCUCUAAGAAGCAUUCGUCAUAGAAAUCUUGUCAAAAUCAUUACUUCAUGCUCUACCAUAAAUCCUUCUGGGGCAGAGUUCAAAGCACUCAUAUUUCAAUAUAUGCCGAAUGGGAGCCUAGACAUGUGGCUGCAUCCAAAGGUACAUGGAUACAGCAAUAUUAAAGUUUUGACAUUGGCUCAAAGGAUAAACAUCGCUCAGGAUGUAGCAUUUGCUCUUGAUUACCUUCACAAUCAAUGCAUGUGUCCAUUGGUUCACUGUGACCUGAAGCCACAAAAUGUCCUAUUGGACUAUGACAUGACUGCUCAUGUCAGUGACUUUGGGCUGGCAAGAUUUUUGUGCAUUGAUCCCUCUUGUGCAACUAAUAGUUCUACCAGCUUGUCCGGACUUAAAGGAUCCAUCGGAUAUAUUGCACCAGAGUACGGCAUGGGUGGCGAGAUCUCUACUGAGGGAGACAUCUACAGUUUUGGAGUGCUUCUGUUAGAAAUGUUCACAGGGAAGCAACCUAUUGAUGAGGCAUUCAAUAAUGGCACGAACCUCCACAGCUUUGUGAACUCAUCAUUUCCAGAUAGGAUUGGGGAGAUCUUGGAUCCCAAUAUAAUGCAUGACAUAGCUGAAAAUAAAAAUCAAGGGAUCCUUAUAAUGCAUAACUGCAUCAUCCCUCUGAUGAAGCUAGGCCUUUUGUGCUCCAUGGAAUUUCCAAAAGACAGACCUGGAAUGCGGCACGUGACAGAUGAAAUUCACGUCAUCCGUACCACCUUUUCAAACAUAAAUGUUUAGAGAUGAAAGAGAGCUUGGGUUUUUAGUGAUUUACUAUAAGUGGUACCCUUCUUCUUCGAAGAAUUAAGACUGAUGGAAUUGAUAACCAACAUGAAGAUAACCGGGUCAAAAUUGUUCCCUACCUCCCCCAAGUACAACAGUCCAAGUAGAUCUAGUUGUGUUUCCUUUUUGUAAUAAGCAUAUCACACUUGGUGGUGCUAACUGCUAAUACUUGGAAAUCGAUUCACUGUACCAUAAUGACAAACUGUCGAAUGCUUUAUUGGCAUAUGAACUAUGUGCAAGCACUGAAGUGAACAAUUGCAUGGUCACUUGCAGAGUUGCCAAAAUGUUAACUGCAAUGCAAUAAAAUGGGUACUCACAUUGUUGAAUCAA